AUGGUGCGCAACCUUCUGCUUCUCCUGCUUUUCCCUGCGACGGUCGUUCUAGCCACUGUUAACUUUGAGACAUGCCUCCAAGAAGUGCGCAACGGUGACUGGGGUUUGGAGGGAGGCAGGGACAACAAUGGUGGUAUAGUCAACGUCUCAGAGGCAACCGCGAUAUCGUAUGAUCUUUGCGUCGUUGCCUGCGGGACUGGACCUGAGCCGUUUGUGUGGAAUAACUUCAGCCAGCAGUUUAGUGCCUGGCUCCUUCCCUACUUGGCCUUGAUGUCCCAACUGCCAUUCGGCGCCAAGAACAGACUUGACAACCUCGUGUCGUUGCUUUUGGCCGUCGGGUCGCCCACUCUUGCGGCCUACUCUCUCGCCCUAACAGUGCUUAAUGGGCAUUAUAUCGCACACCGAUUCUCCCACCUCACCUAUCCCAACGUCUCAAACGCAGUCCGCAUCCUCAGCUCUCUCCAACAGUCCGCAAUCCACGUUAUUACGGAGGAAGCGCUACUUGCUUCGCUUAUCGUCUUGCCAGAGAAUGAUGAAUGGUGGUCUGAGCUUGUUGUGUGGCUGAACUAUGUUCAUACAUGGUCUAUUUCUGCUGUAGCGUCGAUAUUAUGGGUUAUAAUAGCCUAUGUUUUUACCGUGGUAGACUCGUUUACUUCUGUCGUGACAUACUCGUCGCUCAACUCCAAUGGCCAGGCGUGCGAUUAUGAACGAGUUGGGGCAGCGGUCGAGAGAGCCAAUAAAAUCGCCUAUGUCGUGACCCACGAUGGCGAAGCUAUCCUUGCCUCGCAUCUUUCCACCAAACGUGCCAUCGCUAUCCGCCGCGGUUCAGGCGACAUUCACAGCGACGAACACCAUACAGCGCCAAUCUACAAUUACGCGCGAUUCCUUCCUUGGAGCAUGGCCGUUGAGACUGUUUAUGUCGCCUUUCGGGAGGCGUCGGAGCGCUCGAACAGUUAUCGACCAGUUAAUGGUGAGAUGGCUUGGCAGAAGGGAGAUAGGAUGAUGCCAGUUCGACCAGAGAAUCGACAAGGCUCCUUGGAGCAGAUUACAGCCUAUGUGAAGACCUACCCUGUAGAAAUUGAACCAUCAAAGCGCAGCCGAUGGGGACGGGGAAUGGUCUCGCGAUUCCUUCUGGCCUCGUUCCUUGCACUUGUGCUGACAUGGGGGACAAUUGGAGCGGCAAUCCUCGUCGCGUUCUAUACCCCAACGAAGGGGAUCGCGUGUAGAUCAGGGAGCUACCUCAUCUAUGGUGUCGUUUCGACGCUGAUCUGGAUUUUGCUUGUUAUUUCGAGCGCUCUUUCACACUACUCCUCCCUUGUGCCGACCUACAAGGACCGAUACCAGCACACACCUUCUACCCGCGUUGCAGGAAUCACAGCGGUCAUCCUUCGUCGUGCGGCGAAAACCUUGGCGGCCCUCAACUCCGCGUGGGUGAUUCUGGCGUGUCUGUUCCAGUUCAGCAGCUUCUAUGAUCGCUGCUGGUGCAACUCGUCGGUUUUUUACUGGCGAGAGAACGCGUUUAACGUUAUCAAUGUGUCUCCGUCGGAUGUUGCGGCGCUUGAUCCGCCUUGGAUCGGCGGGGUUGCCCUUGCGAGUGGAUGUGCAGUGAUUUUUUUGGGUUUCGUGAAUCUCUUAAUUCGGCCGACUCUCCCGACUUAG